AUGUCGCCGUCGUCGUCCUCCUCCUCCUCCUCCUUCUCGUCGUCUUCCGGCGGGAAGCGCGCGCUCGAGCGCCUCGCCGCGACCGUCCUCGACCACGACGCGUGGACGUUCGCGUCGACGCGCGCGCGCGACGCCGCGCGACGACGCGAGGUGUCCGCCGCGGUCGCGGAGUGCGCGCGCCUGCAUCAGCUCUGCUCGUGCGCGUCGCUCGACGACGCCGCCAACGCGGAGCUGGUCCUGCGCGUCGCCGCGACGUGCAUGGCGCGGCGACUGCUGGGGCGGAUCGGGAGGACGCUCGACGACGGCGCGCGCGCGGCGGUGGACGCCGCGGUCGCGGACGUCGCGACGAGGACGCGGCCGCGCCUCGCGAGAUCGCGAACUCUCGACGACGACGACGACGACGACGACGACGACGACGACGACGACGACGCGCUCGCGCGCGUCGUCGAGACGCGGAUGACCGCGCUCGCGGAGGAGAUGCUCGAGGGGUGGAAGGGCGCGGACGCGCCGCGACGGACGGCGACGGCGACGGCGACGGCGACGGCGAUCGCGCGCGCGGUCGACGAGACGACGCGCGACUUUCUCGACGCGUGCCGUCGCGCCGCCGCCGCCGGCGCCGCGCUCUCCCUCCGCGAGCGCGUGAACCACCUCCUCCUCCCGCGCGCGCUCGGGUUCGCGCAGGCGAUCGCGUCCCUGGACGCGCGCGCCGCCGCCGCGCUGGGAGACACGAGCGCGGAGACGGUCGAGCGCGUCCUCGAGGCGUGCGACGCCGCGGCGGAGGCUUUUGAGGACGCCGUCGCCGCGCGCCGCCGCGAGUCGCGCGCGCCGUCGAUCCUGGGGGGAUUAGAAACGCUCUUCAAGGGGGCGUUAUCGACAUCAACAUCGACGUCCUCGAAGGCGAAGGUGGAAGCGGCGUCGACCGAGGCGGACGACGAGAGCGGCGAACUCCGUCUGCGCGAAGCCGUCGCGGCGACGCUUCCGGGGAUCCUCGCCGCCGCCGCGCCGGGCGUCGUCGCCGCCGCCGCGGACGCGAGGGCGCGCGCGGAGCGGUACGCCGCCGCGCGGGAAGCCGCCGACGCCGCGAGGGAGAAGACGCAGACGCGAGGAGGGCGGACGACGGGCGCGACGGGAGAAAAAGAGACGCGACGGAUGCGACAGACGCGGAGGACGGGGACGGACCCGUCGUCGUCCUCGUCGUCGAACUCCUCCUCCUCCUCCUCCGACGACGACGAGACCGAGCUCUUCGCGAUCACGCCCGAGGAGGCGAUCCGCGCGAUUCGAAGCGCGCGCGCGCCCGAGGAGUGCCGCGCGACGCUGGCGGAGGCGCCGAUUCGAAACGCGCUGCGUCCCGCGCCGACGUUCGCGCGUCCCCUCGCGCGCGCCGCGGUCGACGAGGACGCCCAGGCCGGGACCGGGGGGACGCGCGAUCGCGGUCGCGGACUUCUUCUCGCGAGGGUCGUGACCGGGGACCAGGUCGCGAAGGACUGGCUGCGCGAGGGCGAGGGGAUCGAGGUGAGGUGGCGCGAGCGUCGGACGGCGUCGGACGGCGUCGCAACGGUUGGCGUUUCGGGUUCCGACGAGGCGCGCCGCACCGUGCGCAGCGCGUCGUUCGGCGACGGCGUCGGGCGCGAGGCGACGGCGACGCGCGCGACGACGCGCCGGGGACGACGGUCGCGUCGCGGAGGUAGAGUCGCCGUCGCGACGACGUGCACGGGGCCGUUCUGCGCGCACUUCGUCGCCGCGUGCGCGGCGUUGGAGCGCGUCAUCGCGGACGUCGGAACGUGCGUCGUGACCUCGGAGGGAGGUCGAGGCGGCGUACCGGGCGUCGUCGGCGGAUCCGCCGCGGCGGCGGCGUCCGCGCGCUCGCGCGACGCCGCCGCGCGCGUGCUGUUCGCGGCGUCCAGGACCGUCCGCGGCGGCGACGCGCUCGCGUACGUCUUCCGUCUCUUCGGCGGCGGGCCGCGCGGCGACGACGACGACGACGCCGACGACGGAGACGAUGCCGAGGGCGAGGGUGACGGCGCGCCGCCUUCCGCGGUGUUCGGCGCGUUCUCCUCACGCGUGUCCCCGUACGAUACGAUUCCCUCGGCGCGGCGCGCGCCGUUCCUCGAGGACUUUCUCUCGCGGCGCGUCUCUCCCCGUCGCCCCUCGCUUUCGAUCCCGACGCCUCGCGGCUCCGACUGA